UUAUAUCAUGUCUAUAAGACACCAACUCGAAAAAGCAAAAAAAUUUACACACAACUUUUACGGAACUACAAAAUUAUCCAUACUACUCACUUGAUAAACUUAUAUAUCACUUUUUAAUAUUAUAAAUAUUACGUUUUAUAUAUUAUUAUCAUAUAAAAUCACUGCACUUGCUGCUGUUAAAGUACCUUAAGUACCCGUAAACUCCAUUAGCGUAAAUAAUAAAAUUCAAUCGUCAAUCAACAUGGCGGCGUUCAUCAGGCAGAUCAGGCAUGGCUCUCUUGCAACUCCACACUCGUCUAAAAAUUCACUACUUGCUCUAAUAACGGCGCCAGUACGUCAUGAUGUCGUAAGAUGCAAAGCUAACAGGGCCAAGCAAAAACAAAAACAAUCCACAAUCAAAGGCAAAUGGGAGUGGAAUGAAAAGUCACUUUCAACUCGAGGAUUUCUUCGGCCCCUAAAACCUUAUGAGCCGCCAAAAGAUGCAUCCGAGAAGCUCGACAAAAUUUGUAAAGAUCAAGGACUGUCAGAGAAUGAUUUUACAGAAUUAAAGGAUCUUGAUCUGAGAUUUAAGCUGUUCAGCAUUUGUGCAGAUGAAUUCAAAUGUCAUAUUCCAAAUUCAAUAUUAUUUAACAUACAAACUAUCGGAGAUUUGAGAAAGUUUUAUCAGACUCAGAUAGACACAACUCUACCGUUAGAUGCAAAUAAAAAUAUCGAUUUACCACCAAAUCUACAUAUUCAGUAUGAAUAUAACAGAUUUCAUCCAGAUACAGAUACCAAGUUUAACGGAAAAACGGCAUUUCCUAAGAGCUCAACUCUUGUCACUGGUCUUAAAUAUAAGAAAAAGUAUCCAAGUCUUAUACUCGACAGUCCUUGGACAUAAUGCAUAAUUUUAUAAUUUAUAUUUUAUUAAUAAGUAAUACUUUAUUUGUUAAUUAAUAAACAAACAAAUACAUAAUUAAAUAAAUUAAAACCGA